GCAGCCCGUGAACGUGAAACAAGUCAGCGUCGGUGCGAAUUUUACAGUCAGUUUUAGCAUUUCGCUUUAUUAAAUUCGGUGAUUUGGGCUCAUUUUGGAAAAAAACACGUGGUCAUUGACAUACUUUUACGUCGUAUUUAGUAUAGGGAGAUAUUAAUUGUUAAAAUUUUGCCUAUAAAUUUGGACUACACUUCUGGUUUGGCAAUCAAACUUUAUCAGACUUCUGCUGUAGCUGCAAUCAGUAACGGCAUCCCCCUGUCUAGUCGCACAUGUACACCAGAUGCCAAAUUAUCUGCUGCGUUUAUGAAUUGACCCUCGCUUUUUAAAAGAAAGGAACGACGUUGCUAGGCGGCAGGUUUGGAUUUUUAUGUGGCGGUCCACGUCUAUAUCCAUUUUGAAAAAAGUAUAGAACUAGUUCUAUAUUGAUUUGGACCAUAGCCUUCGGCAAACCACAUAGAAAAUGAAGGGAGGACAUUCACAGAGGCGCCGUUUCUCGCUCCAAGCUCUGUGCGUCGUGCAAUCUCCAACGAGCGAAGAGGAGCCACUGGGUAACACCAGCAGCCAUUGCCAUCAAACGGUUGACGAAAUGUCGUUGGAAGAAUCUGCAGGUCGAUGUGGAACACCAUCCAGUAGCCAUCGGCAAAGCCGACGGCGUCGCCCGCUUUCCACCGAGCCAGCCAUUUCAUCCGCCAGUAAAUCAUCCGCCGGAAAGAAUCUUGUGCCACCGGCUCCUUCGACUCCAGUCAAAUCUCAUUACAAGGUAGUGGUAAUGGGUUCGGCUCGGGCGGGCAAGACUUCGUUGGUCGGCCAGUUCCUCUACGCGGCUUACAGUCCUCGCUACCGACCCACCGUCGAGGACAUGCACACCGUCGAGCUCGAUUGUCAAGGACUGGAUCUCCGCUUGGACAUUCUGGACACGGGCGGCAGUUACGUCUUCCCAGCUAUGAGAUCUCUGGCCAUCAAAUCAGCCGACGGAUUCAUCCUAGUCUGCGCCUCUGAUGAUCCUUCGUCUCUAGAGGAAGCGGAACAUUGUCGAUCUCAAAUAUUGGAAGUCAAAGGCCCGGCUUGUCCGGUUGUCGUUGUAUUGAAUAAAACGGAUCUCAUCCGCUCCGGUUCCGUCUCUUCCGAACCACCCACCGAUGAAGAGAAGAAUGAAAAUCAAGCGAUUGGCGGAGGUGGAAGUCGUGCCGGAAGCGACGGUGGGAACUUCCUCUGUCAGGAGAUGGUGGAGUCGCUCGUCACUUGCGACUGGGGUCACGGAUUUGUUCCGGCUUCAGCCAAGAACAACAUCAACGUCGUCCAGGUGUUUCAAGAAUUAUUUAUUCAGGCCAAGUCGCGAAUUGCGUUGAGCCCAGCCGUCCGCAAACGACGCCAAUCGCUGCCCGCACGAACCCUCAUCCCUCCGGGAACGAGCGGCAGUCACCCUCAUCCUCAAUUGGGUCACCAUUUGUCGUUGCACGGAUCGAACGUAGCCGCCGCAGCCGCUGCAGCCGCCGCUACCGCCGCCGCCAAUGCAUCCGUCAGUUCAUCACCUACUGGCACCAGCAGCUUUGCCAAACGUAAUUCAUGUACCGUCUCAUAAAAUCAACGAUAAGCAAAUA